AUGAACCUUAACGCCCUUUUAGCCGCCAGUGUUCUGGCACUGCCUGCUUCGUCGCUUUUGAUCGCACCUCCCGCUAUUCGUGAGGUCAACGGCCAACCCCAGGCGCUGAAUGAGCGAAACGCCAAUAGACUUGAAUUGAAUGCCAGAUGUGUUGAGUGUCCAUUUCCUCAGGUCACCAGUGAGAAGGCAGUUGUCUGGGACGAUGGGUUUGAUAGCUUCCUUAGCCUCAACUUCACUACUGAAGACGGUCGGCUCCUUUUGAACGGGGAACAAAUGUAUCCCAUGCUCACCCCUCCUGCUAGCGUCGCAACCAUUCUAUACCGUCCUUCCGACGGCAAAACAUCUUUCCCUUUGCCAGUCGGCUAUGUUUUCGAACGCCUCGCGCAACAGUAUUCAGCUGACAGGAGCGGUGCUGAACUACUUCUCUUCAACUUCAUUGUCAUCGACAUUGCCGGAUUCCCCGCUCCGGUUGAUGCUGUCAGCCUCCGUGUGAUCAAGCUGCCGCAUGGUGACCUAUUCGUAAUCGGUGUGGAUACCGAACCGACAAACCCGACCGCAUCGUGGCGCCAGUGCCGCAGAAAUGCCAAGUGCUUGAAGAAGCUCAUUAUCUCUCGCCUCCGUGCAAUUCUAUCAUCUGCGUUCUCCAGAGCGAUGAACGCUGCAAAGAAGAUCAAGGGAUGCGUUGGCCGAAGACCCACCAAGGGCAUGACCUCCAAGACCGGAAAACCUCACCACGGUUCCAAGGGUGGCUCAUUUGCCCAUGCGUUUGCUCGGGCUCUUCACGGUUUUGUCGUUCCUGCCCUCCUUGGCCUGUUUGCAGGCCUCUUUGCUUGCAUUGUGGGCGUCAUCGUUGGACAAGGAAUCGCAGCCUUAUGGGCCCGAUAUCGCCGCUCUUCGACAAGCUGUAACAAUGCACGUGUUGAGCAUGGCAAUGACCUCGAGAAGAAGCCAUUAUUCGGCGCCGAGGAAAAUGAUCUCCCCCCGCAGUAUGAGAAAGAGGACCAGCGAGACAUUACUAUCCUAGCAGAAAAGGAGUAG